AGCCUGCGCCCGCCUGCCCCGCGACGUGCCGGCGGCUGGCGCAGCCCUCCGCUCGCCCGGCCUCCCCCUCCCUGGUUCCGCGCUCUGGUUCCGCCAUGGAAUCCAACAAGGAUGAAGCCGAGCGCUGUAUUAGCAUCGCCCUCAAGGCCAUCCAGAGCAACCAGCCCGACCGGGCACUCCGCUUCCUGGAGAAGGCGCAGCGGCUGUACCCGACGCCGCGAGUUCGCGCCCUGAUCGAGUCCCUCAACCAGAAACCACAGUCUACUGGUGACCAUCCCCAACCCACAGACACGACCCACAGGAAAGCAGGUGGGACUGAUGCCCCCUCGGCCAACGGAGAAGCUGGAGGAGGAGAGGGCACCAAAGGCUACACUGCAGAGCAAGUAGCAGCAGUGAAAAGGGUCAAGCAGUGUAAGGAUUACUAUGAGAUCCUGGGGGUGAGCAGAGGGGCCUCCGAUGAGGACCUGAAGAAGGCCUACCGCAAGCUGGCCCUCAAGUUCCACCCAGACAAGAACCACGCACCCGGGGCCACUGAAGCUUUCAAAGCUAUUGGCACAGCGUAUGCUGUACUUAGUAACCCAGAGAAAAGGAAACAGUAUGACCAGUUCGGUGAUGACAAGAACCAGGCAGCCCGGCAUGGCCACGGGCAUGGGGACUUCCACCGUGGCUUUGAGGCUGAUAUCUCCCCAGAAGACCUCUUCAACAUGUUCUUUGGCGGCGGUUUCCCAUCUAGUAACGUCCACGUCUACAGCAACGGCCGCAUGCGCUAUACCUACCAACAAAGGCAGGACCGCAGGGAGAACCAGGGUGACGGCGGGCUGGGGGUAUUUGUUCAGCUGAUGCCCAUCCUCAUCCUGAUCCUCGUGUCGGCGCUCAGCCAGCUCAUGGUCUCCAGCCCCCCGUACAGCCUGAGCCCCAGGCCGUCGGUGGGCCACAUCCAGAAGCGAGUCACUGACCACCUGAACGUUGUCUACUACGUGGCAGACACCUUCUCCAAGGAGUACACAGGCUCCAGCCUCAAAACAGUUGAACGGAAUGUAGAAGACGACUAUAUCGCCAACCUCCGAAACAACUGCUGGAAGGAGAAGCAGCAGAAGGAAGGCUUGCUGUACCGGGCCCGCUACUUCGGCGACACAGAUAUGUACCACAAAGCACAGAAGAUGGGCACCCCAAGCUGUAGCCGACUGUCAGAGGUGCAGGCUUCCCUGCAUGGAUAGUCCUGGGCCAGCCACGCCGCCGAGGUCCAAGGGUCCAGCUGUGCGUGAAGGCCACCUGCUAGCGCCUCCGCAAGUGACAGAGCGCAGGAGGGAGGCUUGUUCGUGCGGGCUGAGCUGGAGGCUCCCGGCCGCGGGACGGCCAGGCUAACUCUUACCACUCUCCUCCCCAGACCAUGAAAUCCCUGGAGAAUUUUUGGUGACAUGCACUGAGCCAAGGUGAUGGACUGUAUAUUUAAGGAAAGACAUAAAAAGAAAAAUUAAAAUGGAAUUGGAGGCCGAACGCCGCACAACUGCCCUCUCUCUCACCCAGUAAAUGCCGAAGGCCCUUAGGACAGGAAAACCUGCCACGGGGCUGCUUCCCUUCCUCCCAGGGCUGGCAGAGGCUCAGGCUCCACUUCGGCUGCUCCUAGGAUACGGAAACCAUGGCAACGAAAGUAGAAUGUAAAACUUGCAGCAAAUGUCUGUGGAAAGGGCUGGGGGAGGGGGCGCCCAACUGCCUUCCUCCCCCUCCCGGGAGCCACCACCAGUCACCUCUCUGUGGAAGCCAGUCAGGGGCAUUGGCCAAGGAGAGGAGGAGGAGGAACAAGAACUCUCCACAGAAUGUAAUUUAUAGAGCGUGCAUAUGUGUGUAUAUAUAUAUAUCUAUUUAUAUGUAAAUAGCAUAUAUAAAGAUAUAUAUAUAUAUAUAUAUAUAUACUACUUUUUAAACUAUGCAGGGAUUUGGCUAAAUUGUUUAGCUGAUUUCUUCCCUGUUUUAGAAAACGAGGCGUGUUUGGGGAAGGAAACCUGGUCCUUCAAAGGCUGGUAACUAAGCCAUGGCUGACAGCGUUAGGAAAGUCGGGUCAUAGCUUUCAACGUUCCCCUCAAACCCAGCCUGCUUUUGAUGGCAGCGGUAAUCAUGAUAGUGUAAGUCCGUAGAGAACUUGGAGGUUGCCAGCUUUAUGGUGAAGCUGGAGCAGAGCAGGCUUUCAGGGGAGAAAGUGCCCCUAGGGUCAGGUACCACGACAGCACUGAGUCAUGGUAGAGGCCCCAGGCAGCCUGUGGGCGUGAGGCCACCUUCCUCAAGCUUUGGUCAGCUCAGGUGGGCUCUUAGUCCUGGGGCCCGGGAGCUUUCUGUCUCCCUGUGACAGAGAACAAGGUUAGAGAGGGGGACCAGGUUUUGCCUAGCCACCUGCCCCCCCCCCCCCGCCCCGCUUAGUCCCAAAGAGGGUUUUGCCUUAUAGAUGCCACAGGGCACAGCUCCGUUGUUGCCAUUGGCUUUUCCCAAGUCGUGCACCAAGAACUCCAGAAGGUUCUUCCUCCAUCAGCCAGGCGGUGCCCAAGACCCUGGGGCAGCAGCCGACUCCUGAAGAAAAGUCUGUGCCUGUGGGCACCUCUGUCUCCGCCCUCCAUGGACAUGAUGCCACCUGGCCUUCUGUUGCACUUUGGACAAAGGCUGCACCUGAACCAGAAGGGUUUUCUUAUACUCACCUUGAUGUGAGGGUUUUUCUCAAAACAGCAGUUGCUGCCAGGGGAAGGGAGGGAGGCUUUAUUUAUUCCCACAGUUUAUACUGGGUCUUUUGGAAUUACUGUUUUUCCUGAAUUUUCCUCUGGCAGCGGGUGUGUCAUUGAGCCUGCCAUCUUCCAAAGCCUUACUUCCCCAAGCUGCCAGCCAGGAGGUGAUAACUAUCCUCUCAGAGUUUCUCUUGGCUCUUUUUUUUUUUUAAGGUCUUCCCACCCCCCCAACGAACAAAGAUUCUUGCUGGUAAAGGAAGCCUGGUAAAGAAAUGUCAAAAUGGUUUUUGAACAAGAUCCUGCCCUGUGAUGUAGCAGCCACCCCGGCCCAGAGAGAUGAUAAGUGGAGGUGGGCGAGAGUACCCACCCACCCACCCGCGGUUGGCCCGGUGCUCUGCCCCCACCACCCCUGCCGUCUGUUCUGGGUAGAUGUCCCUAGGUGGGCUGACCCAUGUGCAAUAAGAACACAGAUCCUAAAGGAUCCCCUGAGAAGCUGUUAUUUCUUGAAAUUAGAAUUCUAAAAUUGUACAUCUAUAAAUAUAUGUUUAUUAUGUGA